AUGGCAGCUAAUGCCACCAGCCAUAAUGGCCUUCCUAGUCACUUCUCUUUCCGCCAAGGUAUUUCCGUCAUCAAGAUGGAACUCCACAUGACACCUGAAGCUGCUCAGCGCUACUCGGAUCUGUGGAAUAUGCUUGCUGCUCGCCAGCUGCCUUCUGAGCACCUUGGCCUGAUCAUGACCGUGGUGACCCUGGCAAGACUUCAUUCCUCCUUUGCCAACAAUAUAGUCGCCUGCACCCUUGUCAGGACAUUCGUCGAGUCGAAGCAAAUUGCCGGGCUUCGCGCUGCCCUUCCUCGCCUGCCGGACGAACUUGCGGCUGUCAUUCCUAAUCUCUUUCAAGAAUCCACUCAUGCCAUCACGAUGUUGCCGGCCAUGCCUGCCGAAUUCUCCGAGAUCUUUUCCCUCUCUGCAAACGAUGAAACUGCCCUCCGCCGGGAGCUUAUCCACCUGGAACCGAAGUUGAAGCCUGCGAUCUCCAUCUCGGACGAUGAGUUCAACAUCAUUGUCAAUAAUCUUCCCGACUUGCCGCCUAGCAUGAGUGGUACCUGGAAAAUUCCGCUCGAAGUGUUGUCCACUAUGAUCAAGGAGAACCAAGGUCUCUCCGACAAGCUUGGUAUUUUCUGGAAUGUCCUCUCAUACCAGGAUUGGUUCGCGGUUUACAAUGCCACCAGCUUCUUUGAGGGCCUUACCAAGUUUGCCACAGCCAUCGCAGCCAUGGAUUGCAACGAGUCCCAGGUGUAUUGGGAUUUCUAUUGCCACUUUCUCCGAGUGAUUGUGGCUAGGCCCCUCGCCUAG